CUUUCUGAUUUUUGCUCUUGUCUCCGUUCCCUAUUUCUCUCAUGUCUCAAAAUUGCAUAUUGGCAUGGAAUUGUCGUGGCCUCGGAGUGGUCUUUGCAAUUUCAGAAUUGAAGAAGCUAUGUUUCCAGCACAAACCUAGUAUCAUCUUCCUCUUGGAAACAAAUCGAAUGGCCACUGAGAUGAAUCUGAUUCGUAUAGAUCUCGGGAUCAAGGAAGGAUGGAAGGUUGGAGGGGGCAAUACAAACAUGUCCCGAGUUUUGUCCAAGGAACUUCUGAGCAUUAGUAAUGGUUCAGCACAAGAUAACAGUUUGGGGACAAUGGAAGCUUUAGAAAAAGAGCUUAGCGAUUGGCAACGCAAGGAAGAGGUUUUAUGGAAGCAGCGCUCAAGAGUACAAUGGCUAAAGGAGGGAGAUAGAAAUACAGCUUACUUCCAUAACAGAGCUUUGGCUAAGCACAAAAAGAAUCAUAUUGCUGAUCUAAUGGAUGAUAAUGGCAAGAUCUCAUCCUCGAUGGCAACCUUUUUGGAUAAAGAUUUUACUAGUUCUAAAGUUCUUGCUGCUCUUAAGAAAAUCCAUUCUUCAAAAGCCCCAGAACCAGAUGGAAUGAAUGCUAGUUUUUAUAAAAACUACUGGCAUAUCAUAGGGGAACAUAUCACUGCUGUCAUUUUAGAUUUCCUCAACAAUGGGAUUAUGGAGAAAGAUAUCAACCUUACUCAUAUUGUAUUGAUCCUGAAAGUCAAAUGCCCUUCUUUUGUGAAGGAGUUUCAGUUCAUAAGUCUCUGCAAUGUGCUAAGGCUAAUCUAUGAUAAUGUUAUAGUAGCUUUUAAAGCUAUUCAUCAUCUGAAGCACAAAAGGGCUGGUCAAAGAGGUGAUAUGGCUGAUAAACUUGACUUAAGCAAGGCAUUUGAUAGAGUAGAAUGGAACCUCCUAGAAGAUAUAAUGUGAGCUAUGGGGUUUCCCGAUAAGUGGACCAAUUGUGUCAUGAUGUGUGUUCGAACUAUUGAGUAUGCAAUAUUGAUUAAUGGCUGUCCAAUUGUAAUACCCCAAAAUUUCUAGAGCAUUAAAGUGAGUUAGGGACCUACUUGUGAAGAAAUAUUAUUAAUGAAC